AUGGCAGUUGACGAUGACACGGAUGAUGAAGAAGGUGCACACGAUGACAUUGAAGGACUGCUUAAUGAUGCAUUUGGAGAUAUACCUCAUGCUGAGGGUGUUACUGUAGGUCAAAAUGAAGAGGCUAAAAACUUUUACAAUUUAAUAGAUGGGGCAAGUCAAGAGUUAUACCCAGGUUGCAAGAAAUUUUCUACAUUAUCUUUUACCAUCCGUCUGUACUUGUUAAAGUGUUUGUACGGUUGGAGCAAUGCCUCCUUCAUUUCACUUCUUGAGCUAUUGAAAGAGGCAAUGCCUGACAUUAACAUACCUUCAUCUUUCCAUAAGACGAAGGCUAUGAUAAGAGAUUUAGGUCUGGAUUAUAAAAAAAUUGAUGCUUGUCCUAAUGAUUUCCUCCUAUAUAGAAAAGAACUAAAGGAUGAAAAACAAUGUCGUGUGUGUGGAACUUCUCGAUAUACUGAAAAUUCUAGUGAUAAUAGCGAGAACCAACCUGACAAGAAAGGUCGUCCUAUUCCUGAAAAGACUCUAAGAUACUUUCCUAUAAUUCCAAGACUUCAGAGAUUAUUUAUGUGCUCAAAGACGGAAGCUAGUCUGAGGUGGCAUGAUGAGGAGCGCGUAAAAGAUGGGACGUUAAAGAAUCCUACUGAUGGCUUGGCUUGGAGGAACCUUGAUGAAAUGGAUGAAGAAUUUGAAAAAGAAUCACGCAAUAUUAGACUAGGCUUGUCAAGUGAUGGGUUCAACCCAUUUCGUAGUAUGAACAUUUCAUGGAGCACGUGGCCCGUGAUGUUAAUGGUAUAUAACUUGCCUUCGUGGAUGUGCAUGAAACCCGAAUAUUGGGUCGAAAAUUAUGAUGCAUCAAAGAAUGAGACCUUUCAAAUGCGGGCAGCUCUUUUGUGGACAAUCAACAAUUUUCCUGCCUAUGCUAUGUUGUCUGGGUGGAGUACAAAGGGAAAAUUGGCUUGCCCUUGUUGCAACAAAAAUACCUGUAGCUUACAACUAAACGAUAGUCAGAAGACAGUUUAUAUGGACCAUCGUGUCUUUUUACCCAUGGAUCAUCCAUGGAGAACCAAUACAAGAUCUUUUAAUGGGAAGCAGGAAUUAAGAUCCCAUUCACCUGUUAUAGAAGGAACUGAAAUUUUUGAGAUGCUACAAAAUAUUGAAAAUAUCUUUGGGAAGAAGCAAAGUACAUCAAAUAGUUUCCCAUGGAAUUGGAAAGAAAGAUCAAUUUUCUUUGAAUUGCCUUACUGGCACAAGAACCCAUUGCGUCACAACUUGGAUGUCAUGCACAUAGAGAAAAACAUACUUGACAGUGUAAUUGGAACUUUCUUCGAUAUCCCAGGCAAGACAAAGGACCAUUUGAAUGCUCAAUAUGACUUAAAAGAUCUGGGUAUCUGGAAAAAUCUUCAAGCAAAGGAGGUGAAUAAUGCCAGAGAACAAAGUUGGCAAAGGCAUGCUUUUCUAUGA